AUGUCGUGGGAUAAUAAAAUUCCUGAAACGACACAAACGCCGAAACCGCCGAAAAGGAGCGUCGGUCUGCAAGUGACUCCCAGGUUAGGCUUUUCAUUGAAGACUUGUAUUUUUUUGCAGAUUCACUUCUAUUUAUCGCGUAAGCAGUUUGAGAAAACCAGAUGACAAAAUAUUUCGACGUCGUUAUGAGCACAUUGAAAUAUUUAAGGUAAGCAUCUGUUUUACACGGUUAAAUAACUAAAUAAUAGGAAUUUUUACAAAAAAAAAAGAAGCACUUGCUUCAUUAUUUCAAUUCAUGCUUUUUUAUAGCAAAAAUGUAUCAGCUUACAAUUUUCAGCAAGUCUUCACCUUACACGGCUUCCGUGACAUUAUUCUGUGCAGUAGAAAAGUUCGCUGUUUCUGGAUUUUUGCUCUGACGGUCACUUGUUACUUGGCGCUUCAUCAUUCUGGGAAAAUCUUAGAACGCUUCAAUGGCAUCAACAUAAUGACCAAUCUUUUCACAAAACAGUCACGUUAGUUCCUUGUAAUAUUAAAAAAACUAACCAUACAUUUCAGAGGGGCUGCGACUGCCCGACUUGAUCAUUUGCCCUUUCAACCGCUUUAACAAAUCCGUUUUCGAAACAUACGAAAUACAUAGCAAACUAGCGCAGUAUAUUGAGCUGUCUUAUGCCUCUCCGCAAGUUUUGCGAAUACAAAAACAGAAAAUCUUGGGCAUCGGUCGUGAUUAUGACGCUCUGGACGACGAAUUGCAAUUAGUUCUGCAGAAAAACAAUUUGACGCUCACAAAGCUCAUGGAACUGGCAAGCUUCUGCUGGCUUAUAAAUGUUGAUAACUCGUAUUAUCGCAGGGACAGAUGCCUUGCGAAUCGAUUGUUGAUGACCCGGAACACUGCAAAAACGUCAUGUAUUCCGAUUCAAUCAACGGUAGAUGUUACCGAUUUCCUGGAGUCGUCCAGGCAAGUACAAAAUAUAUUUUAAAAAUCUCUUUGAUUUCCCAGGAAACUAGCGGAUUUGGCCAAGGGAUGAGAAUAACUAUAGUUCUCCCUUUACACGACUACCAUUACGCAGUUAACCAAAUACCUUGCGACGGAUUUAUGAUCAAACUAGCCAAUGAAAACGGUGGCAUAGAUCAUGCAGUGCAAAACGUUCAUCCAGGUUAGGUUCCGUCACCUUCUCCGUUCAAAACGUAUUUCACAGGCGUUUACUUGAGCUUGCCAGUUUCACUUCAUAAGAAGGAAUACACAAAUGUGCCGAAAAAGUACGAUUGUCGGGAUGGCCUUUCGGACAACUACAACGUUGUUUAUUGCAUGGAAGUAGGCUCCAGCCAAGUUCCUCCUUUAAGAAUCGUUACAGUCGUGUUUGACCUCAGAAGCAGAAUCCCAUUGCAAAUGUUCACCUGCCGGAGCCACAAUGAAGAUGUUCCCAGAGAAAGUGUGCACAGCAAAGGAGUUGUGGACUUGUUUUGCUGAAGUUUAUUUCAAAAACUUAACAGCUAGAGAAGACGUAAGAACUUCAGUAUUGAUAAAGGUCUUGGGUUAUUUUUAGACAUGUGAUAAGCAGUGUUUUCAAAACUGCAACCAAUGGAAGUACAUCGUGACGCCUUCAACUUCUCCUCUUUCAGAAGUGGCGGUUUGUUACCAAUGUUCAAACUUGAUUCCUGCCAUCAUCAGCUUUCAGGUGAGAGCCAUUGGCGGGACUGAAGAGGAUAUUGAAAAACUGCGUCGAAGCGUCGUUAUUGAUUUUUACUAUACCCAACUGGAGUAUGACGUCACGCAGCAUACAGAAGAAAUCACAAUGUCUUCUUUACUUGCUCAAGUUGGCGGUUUUUCCACUUUUUAUUGCUUCGGUAAUCAACAAAUUUCAGGACAAAUUUCUCUUUUCACGGGUCUGUCGCUUGUCUCUUUUUUACAGUUCUUUAUUUACUCUUUUCUGAUUCUUUAUGAUUUGUAAGAAAACUUCAAAUCGCCUUGAAAAUUUAACUUUUUCAGGAUUUACAACCGAAUCGUGCGAAAUAUCAAAAAAAGCGCACCAUCUUCAUCAAGAAGGCUUGCACUCUGA